AUGGCUUUUUCUGGUAUCCUGAGUGAAGCUGACAUCUCUGCUGCCCUGAAGAGCACAGAAGCCAAGGACUCCUUCCAAUAUAAAUCUUUCUUUGCCAAGGUUGGCCUGUCAAGCAAGUCUCAAGAUGAGCUUAAGAAAGUCUUUGCUAUCCUUGAUCAGGACCAGAGUGGCUACAUUGAGGAAGAGGAACUCAAAAAGUUCCUAAAGAACUUCCAUGCUAAUGCCAGGGAUCUGACUGAUGCUGAAACCAAGGCAUUUCUCUCAGCUGGUGACUCUGAUGGUGAUGGUAAAAUUGGAGUUGAAGAAUUCCAGGCUUUGGUGAAAGCUUAA